AUGGAGAAGGACAGCCUGAGCCGUGCCGACCAGCAGUACGAGUGCGUGGCGGAGAUCGGGGAGGGCGCCUAUGGGAAGGUGUUCAAGGCCCGGGACCUGAAGAACGGAGGCCGUUUCGUGGCGCUAAAGCGCGUGCGAGUGCAGACUGGCGAGGAGGGCAUGCCGCUCUCCACCAUCCGCGAGGUGGCGGUGCUGAGGCACCUGGAGACCUUCGAGCACCCCAACGUGGUCAGGUUGUUUGAUGUGUGCACAGUGUCACGAACAGACAGAGAAACCAAACUAACAUUAGUGUUUGAACAUGUUGAUCAAGACUUGACCACUUAUUUGGAUAAAGUUCCAGAGCCUGGAGUGCCUGAAACCAUAAAGGAUAUGAUGUUUCAGCUUCUCCGAGGUCUGGACUUUCUUCAUUCUCACCGAGUAGUACAUCGUGAUCUAAAACCACAGAACAUUCUGGUGACCAGCAGUGGACAAAUAAAGCUGGCUGACUUUGGUCUUGCCCGCAUCUACAGUUUUCAGAUGGCUCUUACCUCAGUGGUCGUCACGCUGUGGUACAGAGCGCCAGAAGUCUUGCUUCAGUCCAGCUACGCCACCCCUGUGGACCUCUGGAGCGUUGGCUGCAUAUUUGCAGAAAUGUUUCGUAGAAAGCCGCUUUUUCGUGGAAGUUCAGAUGUCGAUCAACUAGGAAAAAUCUUGGACGUGAUUGGACUCCCAGGAGAAGAGGACUGGCCUCGAGAUGUUGCCCUUCCCAGGCAGGCUUUCCACUCCAAAUCUCCCCAGCCAAUUGAGAAGUUUGUAGCAGAUAUUGAUGAACAAGGCAAAGACCUGCUUCUGAAGUGCUUGACAUUUAAUCCAGCCAAAAGAAUAUCAGCCUACAGUGCCCUGUCUCACCCAUACUUCCACGACCUGGAGAGGUGCAAGGAAAACCUGGAUUCCCAUCUGCCACCCAGCCAGAACAGCUCGGAAAUGAAUACAGCCUGAGGGCCCAGCCGCUGCCUGAGCCGAUCGUCCGGAGAACCUCCUUGGUGGCUGAGGGUCCCCUAAGUAAGCCCUACAGAAGCUGUACAGGAUCACUGGCUGGGGGCCUUCUAGCUACUGUCUUCUGGAUGGGCUCUGCUUCUCUGAGGAAACGCCUAGUUUACUGUUUUGAAAUCAAUGCAAGCGUGAUUGCAGCUUUAUGUUCAUUCGUUUGUUUGUUAUUUGUUUGUUUGUUGUUUGUUUCAAGAACCUGGAAAAAUUCCAGAAGAGAAGCUGCUGACCAAUUGUGCUGCCAUUGCAUUUUUCUGAUCUUGAAUGCUGCCAGUGUGAAGUGAGCAAUCCAGGCACAGCUGAGUUAUGAUGUAAUCUCUCUGCAGCUGCCGGAGCCUGAUUUGGUACUUUUGAGUGAGCGUGCCUGUGUGUGUGUGUGUGUGUGUGUGUGUGUGUGUGUGUGCGCGCGCGCGCGUGAUUCUUGAUCUCUUAAAAAAGUGUUACUUCUGUAAACAACAUGAAUAAUUAAGUUUUUAAGGACUCACAGUGACCGCUAAAAUUACAAGCAUCUGUGGACUGAAGGUGAUUCACCAAAAUGGGCUUCUCAAAUUAGAAAGUUGAGCCUAUGUCCUUAGCAUUUCUUUUCUGGCCAAAAGCAGUUAAUUUGCUAGUUGUAAAGGGUUCACUAUCUAGAGGCAGUUGAAUACGAACGGCAAAAAGAAAAAAAAAAUUCUAGUAUCUUUUAAGAAACCUGUUUCUUAAAGCACACCUUCUAUUUACUCUUGAAGAAGCUGCAUUUACUUAUUGUAAUUUUAACCUGUAUAAUAUGCUUUAUUGUUUCUUUUGGAAAACACCCUAUAAGCUUUUUCUUACUUGCUAUAGAUUUAGGGAAGGUACCUCAACUAGGGUGAAAACUAAGGGCAAAGAGAAACCUUGAUUUCUUGGUUUUGAAAUUUAUUUUCCUUUUGGUUUUUGUUGUUGUUUUAUUUUUGAUUUUAGGAGUUUGUUGGAAGCUGUUUCCUGUUUGGCUUUGGUGGGUAGUUCUCUCUGACUAGAGAUAGAAGUGCCAUUUAAGUUUUCCCCACCUGUUACACUGAACUUUUUUCUAUCAUGCACUACCUUAUUUGCAAGGUGUCCAUCUUAUCCAUCCCCCAGUGCCUCUAAAUAUGUGGUACUUACGUAACUAACAACAGUUUGCUUAAGCCAUUGCCACGUACCUCCUACUUUCUUUCUUUCAAUGAGCUUUUCAUAAAUAGUUAGAUUCAGAUUCUGGCUUAUGGCUCCAAUUCCACAGUCCUAACAGGGUCCUGUAUGUUCUUUAAUGCAAUCUUCCUACCCGGCAUUCACUGUUGUUACCUAGCCAAAGAGAAGACUGGUUCUUCUCCAUCACCAGCAUGUUGAUUGCUUUUAAGUGUUACUUAGUGUUUUAUGUUUUGUUAGAAUAUAUUGUCAGUGUAGUAUCUGAGAGAAUGUCUUUAACAGAUUUUUAGAAAUGUGUAUUUACUCUAUAAAAUUAGCUAUUCUCCAUCCACCAGGCUGUGCUUGUUUCCAAUGCCUGAUGCACAUAUCCCCCCCUUUCUUAGAGCCAGCCUGGCCUGGGCAUAGUGAACAGCUUUAUUUUCCUCUUGCCACUUUCUCUACAGUACUUUAUAGUCCAUGCCAUCUCUGUCACCUACAUGGUUAGUGCUCAGUCGUCUCUAGUAAUCAAAAGAUGUGGAGCUGAAGCAUCUAUGGGGAAGUUUGACUACCUUUGCUUUCUGAUUCAUGUUUUGUGUGCAUGCAACAGUUAGACAUGUUUAGAGUUAAGGUUUUCAAAGAGUGGAUACUGCUUCACUCCGUAGAAAAUGUUCCAGAUGAUGUUUAGACAUAGUCAGGCCUUUCUGAAUUCUUCACAGCUUAAUAUUGUGUACAACUCUCUUGAACAAGAGAAGAAUUAGGAGACUUUUCUCCUUGAGAGCUUUCAGGGUUGGGAACCAUUCUUUUCUAAUACAUAUAUUCUUUAACAUUGUUCUAAUUCAGUAACUUGAAAAGUGGGAUAAUUUUUAAAGCAAGAGAUGAAUGAGAAGAUGGGCCAUAAGAAUGUUUUAUACUUUCUUCAUUGUGACAACAUUGAUUAUGUUUUGUCAUAACUGUAAAUGCUUGAGAUAUAAUGGAUCCAGGGCAUUCAGGGCAAGUAUGUGUGGUCAAUCCCCCCCUCCACCCCCCACAGUCCCGGACAAGUGAUUUAUGCCUUUCCUUUGAUCAGGGGUCAAAAUACAAAGACCAAGGGCCUAGAAAUUGAUUUUUUUCUUUUUGGGCUGCCCCAUACCAUAUGGAGUUCCUGGGCCAGAAAUCAGAUCAGAGCCAUAGCCGCAGCAGCAACUCCAGAUCUUUAACCCACUGUAUCCGGCCAGGGAUCGAACCUGCGUCCUGGUGCUGCAGCAACUCUGCCAAUCCCCUUGCACCACAGUGGGAACUCCUAGAAAUUGAAUUUCUAAACUCACUGCACUGAUCCAUCAGGAGCUUUUCAGUUAAUAUCCACGGUUAGAGUCGAUAUAGCUUGAGUUUUUGCUUUUGCAGUUUUUCAUAAGUUCACUCAAGAAAAAUGCAGCUGUUCUAAACUGGAAUUUUUCAGCAUUCUUUUGCAUGUUAAACAAGUAGAGAGUUCAACUUUUAUUUCUAACAUAUGCUCCCGAUUCAUUUCUUGGUAGUGUUUAUAAAGAAAACUUACAGCACAAACAUUUCGACAUUAGAUACUUGCCAAAUUACCCUCCCAGAGGCAGAAUGAGAGGGCAUUUCAGCCUUUCUGAACUCGUUAAGAGUUUGUCCCCAGCUCUUCAAUCCAGGUGGCUAUUGCACUUGAGUGGAUAUUCUCCUUUUCUGUCUUUUACAUCCGGCUCACCACUUCUGAAAUCCAGAUCCCACACAAACACCCUUGCCAUUAGGGCACUUGAAAACAUAUGCCAGUAUACAAACUUACUGAGUGCCUCUUACUCUUUGGUGACACAUGGUUUCAAACAUCUUUGCCAAAAGCUAGGCAGUGAUUAUCUGAAAAGGCCAUACUGCUCCAAGGUUAUACUGAAGCAGCUUAUUGAAGUAAAAAAACAAAACAAAACAAAAAACCCAGGAUGAUAGACUUGAAAUCGCAUUUGAAUGUCUUACUAGAACUGAGGGAAGAAUAUUCCUGAUGGUUUCUAUGUGAUACUCUGUUCUGGCAGCCCAAGAUUGGGAAUGGCUGUGCUGGGUGGAGUUGUCACAACCUACAUUUCAAAAGAGUGAAAGAGAAACCUGUCCAUUUUGGCAUCUUAAGCUAUCCUGUGGCAAAGGUAAUAAGGCCCUAAUCUUACAACCUUAAAAACACAAUUCUCAAGAGUUUGUAAGAAGCCAGGGCCUUGGAGCCUCCCACUUUGUCUCUCCUUUGAAGUGGAUGGGAACUCAGGGAGUGAAGAUCCUGUUUUGGAAGAAAACCCCAGGCCAUUUCAGCCCCCUGUGUUCUUAUGAUUUUCUCUCAGGAAACACACACUUUAAAUGGCAGACUUUUCAUUUGGCCCCAGGUGAUUUAUACUAAAAAUAGUUCAAAAUAUUCACCUAAGAACAGAAUCUCAGCCUUAUAGUUUUAGGAAAACAUGAAAAUUUCAGAAUGCUAUUAAUAGCAUGUUAAUAUCUUAAAGAAAACGUGCACCUUUUAGGAGAGAAAUGUUUGGUGUGACUCCAGAAUGUGAUAUUAUCCAUCCUGAUGAGAAAAAAUUUAAAUGUUGCUAAAUCUUUUAAAUUUUAAAUUAUAUAUAUAAAUUGAGUUUUUAACUAUUACUGCUUCUCUUAAAAAGUCAAUAAUGGCAACAUUCAUUCCUUAAUGGAAAUUAAAUCAUGUAAGCUUCCUAAUAUCAUAAUCAUACUGAAAUUCUUCUCUCCAAAGAAUUGCUUCUGUUUUUUUUAAGUGACAAAUUUACUGUUUUUAUGAUAAGCACAUGAGAGUCUCUCAUAUUUUCCAAAAACAGGCCUAUGUUGCAUUGCUGGGUCUAGGAAAGAAUAAUACCGAAAGUUAAUAAGCCGCUAUAAUUAUUUAAUUAUGUUACUACAGAAACUAUAGAAUAUUUACCUUGGGACGAAAAUAUUGAAAUAUUAGAAAUUCUUAGGUAUUGACAGAAUCUAAAAAACACAAAAAGACGAAAUAAUGAUAUGAUUUCUAAAUUUUUAAAAACCUUAAGACUAGGCAAUGGAUAGGGGAAAUUUUGGAGAAAAUGAAGGUAUUCAAAGAAGGAUAGUUUCAAUUAUGUAUAUUUUGAAGGAUAUAUACUUUGUGAACAUAUAUUGUAAGAAUUUAUAUUAAAAUCAUCUGGGAACUAUGAAUUUGAUAUCAUCAAAAACAAAUUUUAUAGAAAAGCCAUCCCAAACAGUUACAUUUCAAAGAUUGAACUAAGCAAACUAAACCAUCUCUACUGCUUCCUCAUUUCAUGAAAAGCAGCAUUCAUGUGGAGCUGUGCUUAUUAUACAAGGCUGAAAAUGUCCAUUGUGGAAAAAAAAUAUUUUUUUAAAUGUUCCUAUGCCACCAGGGUUUUUGAAAACUUGUGAAACCCAAACUAUUUUUCAUAUGCUUUCAAUACAUUCAGUAUAUGAUUAGGAAGAUAAGUGCAUGUUCCUUCCCCACAGUGGAAAAACUUCUCAAGGAUACCAAAAACUGUCAAGCAAUGUAGGUCCUCAGAUAAUUAGUAGAGGUGUUUUUCUCAAAAGCAUAAGAAAAUGGCAUUUUCAUUUUUUACUAAAGCAGUUUUCAACUUGGUUUUGUUAUAUAUCUAUAUCUCAAGCAUUUCUAACUUGUACUUUUUUCAGAAAACAAACCAAAAAUGUUCCUUUGGUCUUUGCCAUCUUCUGACCUUUGUUAACAGAAAUGGAGAAAGAGGAGGGGGUCUGGUUUUUUUUAAUGUUUAUCUCAAUUAGUUGUGUUUCUUAAAAUGAAGUUUGAGUCGGCUUUUCAGAUUGCUUUCUAUUUCUUAGCAUUCCCAGGGAGUUAAUUUAGGUAAAUGAAUGGACUUCCAUCAGCAUAUUUAUUUUCCUCGAUAUUGGUGCUCUGGCUGGCAAGAAAAAACAAGACUCACCUGAAAGUAAAUACAGACUUUUUUUCAAGCAUCUAUUUAAAUACUAGGACAGCAAUUUGAAGUUAAUAUGGUAGGAAAGGGAGGGGAUUUUUCUUAUGUCUGUUCGAAAAUUCACACUGUCCUAAGGGAUAGCCUUUCUUGUUUUAUUCCAGUGUAUUCCACAAGGUGGCACUUUGGAGGGGAAAAUCUGAGCAAGGCUUCUGACUAUUUUUCUGCACAUCUAACUCUUGCCUAGAGCUCGUUUUUCAGGAUGAUGAGUAGUCUUUAUAAUGCUGGGUAACUUAGAUGUUUUAGUUGUUAGCUAGGUUCUGAACAAUUGCCUUCAAGUAAAUUGUUCUUGAGGAUGGAUAAUACACCCAUUUUGAUUAUUCAGGUGCGCAAGGAGAGCCUAGUCAUUCAUCUGUUCAAGAGAUACUUUUUGAGGUACCUAAUUACCUCACUUCUACAGGUGCAGAAGUUAGAAAGAUAGACGAGCUUGUUAUUCAAAAGGCAACACUCUUCUGUGAACAGAUAGUUUUGUUAGGAGUGUAAAACUCCUCCAGAUCACCCUCCCUCCCCUGAAAUACCCAUACCCUCUGUCAGCUGCUUUCACAUUCCCUACUAUGGUGGCCGUUAGACAUUUGCUAAAUUUUAAAAUCUUAAUUUAAAGCUCAGAUGGAUAAACUAAAUAAUGCAUCAACAAAUAGACAAAACUAUUUUUUUCUAAAGAAUUGCUAUGCUGAAACUGCCCUAAAAAUACCAAAAGACCUGGCAAUUUUUUAUAUUUGUAUAAUCACAAGUAUAAAUUCACGAGAAAUUCUAAUUUUUUUUAAAGUUCUCUCUAAGCAUGUAAGCUAAUAAUUUAGGAGUAUAUCUACAUAAGCCUUUGAUUUCUCCACUUAUGAAGUUCUUUGGUAACUUUAGUUGAUACAAAUGUAUUUUUUUCAUACAUUAUUAUUUUAAUUCACAGAUCUGCUCAAAGACCCAUUACUCCCCAGAUGAUUUUAGUUAAUUUGAGAAGUAAUUUUCUUCAAUUAGUGUCCCUGAAAUUUAGGAGGAAGGAAAUUAUCUUUCAGAGUUUCCUUUGCACAACCUAACAGAAGGCAGUUUAUUCCUUCUGAGUGGCAGAAACUCGAUAUGCCUGCUUCACUUUCCUCCAGAGUAGCCAGCAGGCAAGCCUCAGCCAUACUGAAUUUCAUACUGAAAGUGCCGCGCACACUAGGGGUUGUCAAAUCUUCGGCCUCAAACCUCGAGUGGGUUAUCAUUUGGGCCAGUUUAUUUGCUCGCGUUCAAAACUGCCCUCCCUCGGCAAAGCCCUGGGGUGCGCCGCGCCGACGCUCCGCCCCCUUGGCAGUGAGUGGCAGUGGGCGGGGCUGGCUAGGAACCCGCCCUCCGCUCACCUGUUAGUGCCUGAAGUGGCUGCGGACCCGGCCAGGUAAUGUCCGGCGUCCCUGUGCCCUGCUGCUGUCUCAGAGGCAUCUGUUCUGCAAUCUUAGGAAGCAACAUGUCCCUAGAAGCAAACGGGUGUCUACUGUGCAUAAGUAAGUACAACACAGUUCUCUGAAAGUUCGGGUAUAAAGAGAUGCUGCUGCAUAUGAAGCUACCAGGCAUCUCUCAAGCUCUAAGCUCUGCUUUUUUUUUUUUUUUUUUAAGAGAAGAUGUAUAAUUACAGGAAAGAUUUUUUUUUAUUUUUUUAUUUUCUAUGCUACAUAUAUGAUGGCAAAAGAUAUGCCUGGAAAAGUUUUGUUUGGAAAAUGUGUUUAUUUUCUGCUUCAUAGUUGGUGAAAGCUCCUAACUCUUUGGAUUCUAAUUUCUUCUCUUUUUUCUUCAUCAAGUAAUUAAAGGUAUGUGAGCAAAUUAUCUCAUAUAGAAGGGAGAAUUUCCUAUUUAGAGGAACCCUUUGUGUGAGUGGUUUUGGCAAGCAAUCAACUUUUUCUCUAUUUUAGGAGUUUGGAUUUUCAAAUGUAGAUUUUCUUUAAGGGGACACAUAAUAUGUAUACAGGAUGCUAUAAAGAACUAUGAUUGUAGCACUAAUCAGCAAGCAUAAGAUCAUAGGUUACAUCAUUUCUCACUCUGGUUUCCAGGCAACUCAGUUGAAGUACUUAGGUUACAGUGCUGAAGAGACUUUUCAUACCCUUACUUGAGAGUUUCUAAUCUUAAAUUGUAUUAAAUGCAAUAAUAUGUAUUAGCUAGCAAUAUUUCUUUGAUCACCAGCAACUCCAGAUUUGACCUUGAAGUCUCUGAAUGAUGAAAACAGACCCAGCAGUGAUACACUUUCCUGAAUACCCCCCCAAGUGCAUUAUAUAUCUUCUCAUUUUGAUCCUAUGUUUGCAACAAUGUAUACAUGAAUAUUUUAUUUCCUUUGUAUUCAUUUAUUUUCUUAUGAUCAGUAAUAAAUAUAUUAAUACAUUGAAUGAAUAGAAUCAGCUACUCCUAGGAUCAGCACUUAAAAGGUGGAUAAUUUCUAUUUCAAGUUGUUCUACAUUUGCAUAAAUUAUUUCUAUUAUUAUUCAUGUAUAUUAUUUAUUUCUCAAUCACACUAGUCCUGUGAAAGUGCACAGAAAGCAGACGGCAUUAGGAUUUGCAUUUAAUGCUCGUUAUCAUGGUCUCGAUGGAGCUAAGAGAAUUAAAAUUAGACUAAACCCCCAAAUAAGCUGCAUGCAUUUUAACAUGAUUAGUAGAAUUUAAGUCUAUAGAGAUAGUAUUUUUGUGUCUAGGUGUUUUAUCAUUAUGUAAAGGAAUUAAAGCAAAUGACGUUCUUUUGUCAAAUAUGCAUUUACUAUAGUGUGAAACUAGAGCAGAAAUUAAAACCGCAGACAGCAAAAUAUCAGAUACUGCCUUAAUUUAGGAACUCUGCCAGGUGGCCAUCAGAAUAGAUGCCAGGCAGAAGUAGGUGCCUGGCUGGUGCCUCUUGUUACCUGGCCUUGAGAAGAAACUUCCGCACGCAAUCUAGCGCCCUCAUAGAUGUGCAGCAGUGGGAACCAGUAGUAGUGUUGACAGGAGAGCAGUGUGAGAGUUUUCUGUAGAAGCAGAACUGUCAGCGUGUGCUUUGAGGCUUCCAGAAUGUGUCAGAUGGAGAAGUCCAAGUUUCCAUGCUUCAGGCAUUUUGGUUUUGUACAGAGGCAAUCUAGUCUGGUAAUUAAAACGAGGAUUGCGUGUACAGUAGGCAACAAUGGGAUUUUAACCAACAAUCCCCAACACCUCAAAAGCUUGUUGCAUUUCUGGUAUUUUAUGUUUUGAUCUAAAGGUUAAAUGGCAAGUGUUUCGUAUAGAAGAGCAGUAUGUGUUAAGAAAUGCACAAUAUCAGUUCCCGUAGAGUGCAGAUUAGAACUAGAGGGCUUUAUAGAAUUAUCAUUUCUGAGAUGUGUAAAAGCAUGUUUUCACUGUAAAAUGUAUUAGUGUUUCUGCAUUCCUAUAGGGCCUAGUUUAAACUUCUAGAUUUCAGCAAGGCUGUUGAAGUCAGUGAGCCUUUUUUUUUUUUUUAAGCUUAUUUUCUUUACUUAUUUCUAUAAUAGAAAAUGUUUUAAAAGUAGAAAAAAAUCUUAAUUGGGAUAUUUGAGUUGUUGAUUUCUGUGUUUGAAAUCACGGUUCUGGAGAGGCAGAGAAUUUGCAUGUGCAUUUCAGAUACUAAUUUAGGCUGUGUGAACUAGCCGAGGAUAACUAACUGAUACUCCGUCAACCCCUUUAUCCUCCCUCACCCCCUCUGAAGUAUUCCCCAUCCCCUUCCUGGCCUGUCUACGUGGUGCUCUCCAUCCUCCUCUGCUGUUCUUUGGGGUCAGGGACAUGAUGAGAGAUGCUUUAGGCCUCACAGGUAUGCCUGUCCAGGCUUAGCCACCACCCCUACUUGACCUUUGGCUGGCCACACUCAUCAGAGAAGGUUCCUGGUGCAGAGAAUGUCAUGGCAUCAAUCACCAAUGCCCUCUAGCAUCUUCACGUAUAGCUUGAUGUUUAAACCAAGUCAUUCUACCGAGCAUUCAGGUUUGGCUGUGGUGCAAAGAGAAAAACUAACCGAGAAUAUAAACCACAUUCCAGGCUGCUGUUUUCUACCCAUCUACAGGCUAUACUUUUACUGUAUCUCUUCAUACUUGAAGCUCAUUCUGCUAUUUUAAUAUCAGGGUACAGACUUAUAAGGGUGCAUGUUCCCUAAAGGUGCAAAAUUACUCUCAUUCCGUUUGCUCAUAUUGCUUCAGAAUGCUCUGUUUUGGUGCUUCGGGUUCAGCAGGUCAAAGAAGCAGUGCGAAAAUGCACUGCCUGGAACACAGUCUUACAGGAAUGUUGGCAGAUGGCUUGGUGUUAGGUAUUGCUUCUGCUCUUUUCUCUGUACACAAGAUUGUUACCACACUGGUCUGUCAGGUUCCCCUGGGUAUCCUUUCUCACAGGGUCCCUAAACCCCGUGCUCUCCCCAGAUGUGGGUGCAGUGCAGCUCCCUAACACCAGCGGCCUUCCUCCGUAUGCGGAUCUUUCAGCCCUCAAAGAAAAAUGACCUCAGGUGUAGACAGUAGGAGAAUGGAAAGAGCCAUCUCGCUCGAGCAACCAACCAUCCACACAGAAAACCCUCCCAAGACAACACUUGAAAAGAGGAAAAAAGGAAGAAAGCUUAGCUGUAAUGUUACCCUCCUCAUGGUGCCCUGAGCUGAGUGGCCUUGCUUUGGGUAGAUGAAAAUAUAGGUCAGUUUACUCUUCUCACCCAAAGAGGAAAACAGAAGAGUAAAUGUGUCCCCUCAAGUAUGCAAUCCAAGGACCACCACGAUUUACAUUAAAUUCCCAUCUCUAGCAACCUGUUUUACAUACUAGCUCGAGUAAGGGACGCUUAAUGACCCAGGGUUUCUGAGGUCAGGGGUAGCUCUUCUCGUGUUCACUUCACUCUAACGUGUGGAGAGGGAGAACUACCAGUGGCGACUCUGCGGGGGUGGCCAAGGUAACACAGAAAUUUCAGAGGGUUACCGAUCAAGAAUCUUUUGGAAACUGGAUGACUUCUAGGGUGCUAGAAUGCAAAUUUAGGUAUUUAUUGUCAGAUAAUGGAACUCAUUGUUUUUUUUUAAGAAUUGGUGUUGAAAUAUCACUGUCCAGUUCAUUGUUUUCACUUAUGCACAAGCUAAAUUUGAGCAAAAAGAAAAUGGUUUGUAUAUUUGUCAUAACUUUUGUAUUUCUUACAAUAAAACUAUGGGUAGCAAAUAAAAAUAAUAAAAACAGCAAUUUUAAACUGCCUUCUUAGAGAUGAAUUACUAACCUAGCUAUUUUUCUUUUCACUUGGAUGUCUAUAACUGCAGUGAGUAAAGUAAUGUUUAAUUAAAUGGCAAGUUUUAGCAGAGUA